AGUGAUGUCAAUAGUGAUAACGAUAAGAAUCUCGGCUUUAUUGAAGUUGUUUACUUUUGAAAUAGGCCGGUCUUUACAAUGUUGUGGGUGUCGCUAAUAUUACUUUCAAGUUUUAAUUAUUAUGUAGUUGAUAGCGAACCCAAUAUCCCAAUAGUCAUAACAACGUGGCGGUUUUCAAAUGCUACAGUAAAAGCCUGGGAGGUCCUAAAAGAAGGAGGUUCAGCAUUAGAUGCAGUAGAGCAAGGUGCUUCAGUAUGCGAGGUCCAACAGUGUGAUGGAACAGUGGGCUAUGGAGGCAGUCCUGAUGAGAAUGGUGAGACAACACUGGAUGCUCUCAUUAUGGAUGGGAAGACCAUGAAUGUGGGAGCGGUAGCAGCUCUCCGCAGGAUAAAAAGUGCAAUAUCAGUUGCUCGACAUGUCUUGGAACAUACAAAACAUUCAUUCCUGGCUGGUGAACUAGCAACACAGUUUGCUGUCCAGAUGGGAUUCCAUGAAGAGUCCCUUACUACUGCUCAUUCUAAGCAGCUUUGGUUGAAGUGGCAUAAUGAGAAUCACUGUCAACCUAACUUUUGGAUGGGAGUCAAGCCAGAUCCCACCAAACAAUGUGGUCCUUAUCAUGAAAUUAAGAAGAACAGUUUUCGAGAUACACAACCUGAAGUACAUAUGAUAGUAGAUAGAUAUAAUCAUGAUACUAUUGGAAUGGUGGCCGUGGACAGCAAUGGCGAUGUCGCAGCCGGCACUUCAACAAAUGGAGCUAAAUAUAAAAUUCCUGGGAGGGUUGGUGAUUCUCCUAUACCUGGGGCUGGUGCAUAUGCUGAUAAUGAAGUAGGAGGAGCUGCGGCUACAGGCGAUGGCGAUAUUAUGCUCCGGUUCUUACCUAGCUUUUUGGCUGUCGAAGAAAUGCGUCGAGGAGCAUCGCCUACAGACGCUGCGCAAACGGCCGUUAAAAGAAUAGCAACACAUUACCCUGAUUUCAUGGGGGCUGUUAUAGCUUUAACGAAAACGGGGCAAUACGGGGCUGCAUGUCAUGGAAUACCUACGUUUCCAUUUGUUGUACAAGAUAAAACUCGAAAUAUGUUUGAAGUUAUUACAAUAAAAUGUUAAUGUUUACAAAAUAAUUGUAUAUUUAAUAAAAGUCACAUAAUUAUUUGAUAAUAA